AUGGGAGUAAAGAAUCUCUUGCAACAUCUGAAGGGAUGCACAGCGAUGAAGCAGAACAUAUCCGACUUCAAGGGGAAGCGUGUAGGGAUUGAUGCAAUGUGCUGGAUGCAUCGUGGAGCAAUUGCUUGUUGUUUUGAACUGGUGUCUGGGCGUGAAAGCGAUAAGUUCCUCACGUUCUUCCUGCGUAUGAUUGCCCUAUUGCAAGGCUAUGA